GAAAGAUAACUCUUACAACAAAAAUGUCUACAGCUGGCAAGCAGAGCUUGCGGAAAAUCCUUGGCCUUGUUGUUUUUAGUUCAUUACUAGCACUAAUAAUUUUAGUUCAUCCAAGUGAUAGUAAGCGUGUCGGUGAAAUUAAUGUUGAGGCAUACAGAGAAAAAAUCAAACGCAUGUUCUACCAUGCCUAUGACGGAUAUCUGACCCAUGCCUACCCUUAUGAUGAACUCCAACCUCUCACCUGCAGCGGUCAUGAUACCUGGGGGAGUUACUCUCUGACCCUGAUUGAUGCCCUUGACACGCUGGCUGUGAUGGGAAACUUUUCUGAGUUCCGGAGGAUCUCCGACAUCCUCAUCAGCAAAGGGGAAGGUUUCUUCGACAUGGACAUUAACGUGUCUGUGUUUGAAACAAACAUCAGAAUCGUCGGAGGUCUCCUGUCUGCACACCAGAUGAUGAAGAGAGCAGGGAUGGUUGUGGAACCGGCUUGGCCUUGCUCUGGUCCUCUGCUCCGUAUGGCUGACAGCAUCGCCAGGAAAAUUUUGCCUGCUUUUGAUACACCCACUGGGAUGCCAUACGGAACAGUCAAUCUUCGUCAUGGAGUGCCAAAAGGGGAAACAACUAUAACGUGCACAGCAGGGGUCGGAACAUUUCUUGUGGAGUUUGGUACCUUGAGUCGACUCACAGGGGAUCCCAUCUUUGAGAAAACUGCCAUGCGGGCUAUUCGGUCUCUCUGGAAGUACCGCUCACCCAUAGGACUGCUGGGCAAUCAUAUAGACGUGAGCUCUGGGAGGUGGACGGCCAUGGACUCAGGCAUUGGUGGAGGAAUCGACUCCUACUUUGAGUACCUUGUGAAAGGCGCUGUGUUGUUUAACAUGCCAGAGCUUAUUCAUAUGUUUAGAGAGUAUGAAAGUGCUAUCAACAAGUUCUUAAAGCGGGAUGACUGGUACAUGUGGGCACAGAUGAACAAAGGCGGCAUCACUAUGCCGAUGUUCACAUCACUCGACGGCUACUGGCCAAGUAUCAAGGGUAUGCUGGGAGAUUUGGACGAGGCGAUGAAGACCAUCCACAACUUCCACCAAGUCUGGCGCCAGUUCGGCUUCACCCCAGAAUACUACAAUAUCCCAAAGGCUGAGGUCCAUCAGGGCAGGGAGGGUUACCCUCUCAGGCCAGAGAUUGUGGAGAGUGUCAUGUAUCUGUACCGAGCAACAAAAGAUCCGUACCUUCUGGAGAUCGGAGUGGAUGUCAUCGAAGCAAUUGAGCACAGUGCCAGAACAAGCUGUGGAUAUGCUACUGUCAAGGAUGUGAGAGAUCACCGACUGGAAGACCGCAUGGAGUCCUUCUUCCUGGCAGAAACGACUAAAUAUUUGUACCUUCUCUUUGACCCAGACAACUUCAUUCACAACAACGGUAGCCAUGGCGACGUGGUGAACACACCCAGUGGGCAGUGUGUGAUUGAAGCUGGAGGGUAUGUGUUCAACACAGAAGCUCAUCCUAUUGAUCUUGCGGCCGUACAUUGCUGUAGUGCUGCAAAGAAAGAGGAGGACCAGGUGCUACAAGACUUUCACGAUAAUUUAGAUCUCUUGUCACUUUUGGACUUGGAUGAGGAAGGUGAUAGCGAACGGAGAGCAAAAAUAAAGAGAAAGAAGAAGAAGAUAGAAAAAAUGGAGAAACAGAUAAAGACAGUUGAGGAGGAACAAAGUGGAAAUUUUCAGCAACAACAGCAGCUUCAAGAACAGCAGGAGCAGCAGCAGGAGUCAGGUUUUUCUGGUGGGAAUAAUGGUAAAGAUAUACAUCAGUACUUGCAUCAUAGAGCAGGCAAUGAUAUCGAUGAAGAAGAUGAUGAUGAUGAGGAAUAUGCUGAUUUUGAUGCAUUUGAUGAGCAAGAGAGAAAAGAAAAACUCCAAAAUCAAAAUUCGCAAAAAGAACAUGUGUCUCAGAAUGAGAGAACAGCAGAGGUGGAAAGGAAUUAUAUGAAUAUCUCUAGCUUUGAUGAUCUCGAUAUUGACAGUCUUGUAAAGAACAUCACAGCUGAAAGAGCAAGGUUGCUAGAGCAAGAAUUGAAAGAAGAACAAGGAUACAAGCAUAUGGAAAAGGGUAUUGAGGAAGAGGGUUUGCAAGGGAUCAACGACAAUGUACGAAAUGAGGAAGGUUUCAGAGAAGUUGUGCAAAUGGGUGCAAAGGAAGUCCCACAAAACAGCAGUGGUCAACUGGAUGAAGAAAAGUCACAUAACCAGGAAGUAGUAAGCAGUCAUUCAGAUCAAAUAGCUGACUCAAAAGUAGAUGCUAAUUCUGGUAAAGUUGACGGUAAAUCUGUUGAAGAAGGAAAUUCAGAUUUGCAGAAUUCUAAUACUUUUGAUUCUGAGUCCAAUAGAAUUAUUGGACAAGGAACGAGAGAGCAUGAUGGAAAAGUUGACUUGUCAAUGAAAACAGUUUCACAAGAUACUGCCGCAGCAUCUGAGGAGGCGAGAGUGGGUCAAGGUCAGGUGACCAGCACUGUAGAUAGUGUAAAAGAGCAGGUGAUUGUAGUCCAGGUGAGUCCUGGUGCCUCCUCUAGGGAGACAGAGCAGGGGCAAGCAAAGUCUGUAACUGCGCAAGAACCACAGAAUUCCGAAAAACAUGAUACAGAAGAAGAAGUGGUUACUAACCCAGCCAUUGAAAAAUUUAAGUCUCAUUUAGAAGAUGUAAUACAGCAGCAGCAAGGAAACGAAGUGUUGCAAACAGCAAAAGCUGCCGAGCCAACUUCAAAGUCGCCACUAGAGAAUAAGAGACAGAAUUUAUUGUCCAUCACCACAAAGAUUCUGAAUAUGAUCUCAGGGAGUUCUUCUGAUGAGAGUCAAGAGAAAGAAACAAGUUCUCGUUCUCCAAGUCUAGGAGGUCUAUAUGCAUCUUUAGCUAAUUAUCCAUUAAAAUAUUUUCAUGACCCUGCCACUAUGCACUGCCCUGCACAGCCAUUCCAUAAUCGUAUAUCUGUCUAUGGUGAGAUGUUUCCGGAUCAAUGAUUGGAUUAAUGUUUGGAUUGUGUGGGUUAAAUGUUGGUAGUCUUGUAAGCUGUGUGCUUGAGUGUGGGGUGGAUAGUAUUGUGAGGGUGGGAUGAAUGGAAUAUAUCCUCUUUUUGUUUAUGCAGCGUGUCUUAAGUCAUUGGUGCAUUUAAAUCGUCGGUGCUUCAGCCUGUCAUUGUGACUUCCAUUUUGCACCCAGUUUUAAAUACUUGUACAUAGGCGUGUGAGAUACUCUGAUGAUAGGAUUUAUUUAUUGUUCAACGUCAGAAUAAGGCUGUUUGAAAGAAAACUUCAGAAUCAUAAGUAACUGUUUGCAUUAUUGUCAUACGCAGUGUGUUCC